UGGCUCUGCCACUCCAGUGGUAGUGGUGGUGGUGUCUGCGUGUGAGGUCUCCCCUCCACGUGGUUACGCAUUCUGCGUGGCUUUCUUCCUUUGCCAGUUCAACAUAACCCGUAGCGAGUCCUUACCGCCAUUGCAAGUCGUCCUUUUUUACUUACACAGCUGCUAUAAAAAAUGACAGGUUGAACGAGAAAUGUCUCUCGGCUGUUGUAGUUUUAUAUAAAACAUUUUUUUUUACACACAAAUCUCUUGCGCCACGUGUGUGUAAGGGAGGAGGAUGAAUAGGCAAAGGGGCGCACAGGGGAUUGCAUUAUCGGGUUCGUAGCAGUUACGAGAACAUCCAACGCUAAGUUCACUUUGGCUUCUAAGACCAGCCUACGCAGCAACAAUCGAUUAGCAUUAAUAAUAAAUAUAUUAUUUUAUAGGGCGUCGCUACUCCGCCGUUGUCUCGUAUCGUCCUACGCAGUCUGUGUGUGUGCCCUCCUUUGCUUUGCUUGGGCCUUACACUUUUUUUUAUGCGCCGCGGAUUCGCCCCGAUGGUAAUUCUCGCUGCACGAGGCACCACGGCGGCGAGGUGGCUGGCGCCGUGGUGGUUUACCCCGUAAAGAAAGAAAGGGGGCCUCUGGGUGCUGUCGUGGAGGGUGUGGAUGGUGGUUGCGGGUGGAGGUGGUGGUGGUAGGAGGCGCGGUGUGGAUCGAUCUGGACAUGCGACGGGAAGAUAUGGCCCAUCUAUACCGUGCACGGGGCCUCAUGGCCGGCUUCUGCUGCUGUUGGGCCGGCGCAUGUGUUCGCCGAGCUCGGCACCACCACCACAACAACCACCACCUCCACCAACAGCAGCAGCAGCAGCACCACCAGCAUCACCACCAGCAGCACCGGCAGCGUAGGACCUCCCCAACGUGCAUGGCUUGCACGCCCAGAACUCUUUCCACAAACGUGCCACCAACACAGCAGCCUCCGUCGUCGUCGUCAUCAUCUUCAUCUUCUUCAACAUCGUCAGCCCUGGCUUCUGUGGCGGUGGUCGCGUUGUCUCCGCUGGCGAUGUCGGUGAUGGCGGAUGGAGAGCUGGGAUGCUACAGGCCCCAGGCAGGGCACAACGAGAACAUCCAGGACUCUGGCCUGUCUAACGAUGGCUUUCCGGACUCUAUGGCGCCUUCCCUGCGCACGUGCUACCGCUAUCUCAACCAGACGAGCCGCUCCUUCGCCGCCGUCAUUCAAGCGCUGGACGGGGAGCUCAGGGACGCCGUGUGCAUCUUCUACCUCGUGCUGCGGGCGCUGGACACGGUGGAGGACGACAUGACGAUCCCCAACGCCGCCAAGGUGCCCAUGCUGCGCGACUUCCACAGCUUCCUGUACCAGCACGAGUGGAGCUACUCGCUGAGCAACGAGAAGGACCGCCAGGUCCUGGAGGACUUCCCUACGAUCUCGCUGGAGUUCCGCAAGCUGGCCAAGAUUUACCGGGAUGUCAUUGGCGACAUCUGCCAGCGCAUGGGAGCGGGCAUGGCUGAAGUGCUACAGAAGAAAGUGGGCUCCAUGCAGGAAUGGGAUCAGUACUGUCACUACGUGGCGGGCCUGGUGGGGAUCGGGCUGUCGCGGCUGUUUGCGGCGUCGGGUCUCGAGGACGUGGUGGUGGGAGAGGACGCGGCGCUCGCCAACUCCAUGGGGCUCUUCCUGCAGAAGACCAACAUCAUCCGAGAUUACCUGGAGGAUACUCGCGACCGCAGGGAGUUCUGGCCUCAGGAGGCGUGGAGCAAAUACGCGGGGAGCCUGUCGGACUUGGCACGCCCUGAGAACCUGUGCGCGGCCGUGGGCUGCCUCAACGAGCUGGUGACCAACGCGCUGGGCCACGUGCCAGACGUGCUCACCUACCUGUCGCGCCUGCGCAACCAGAGCGUCUUCAACUUCUGCGCCAUCCCCCAGGUGAUGGCGAUCGCCACGCUGUCCGCCUGCUACAACAACCCGGCGGUGUUUGGCGGCGUCGUGAAGAUCCGCAAGGGCCAGGCGGUCACGCUCAUGAUGGACGCUACGAGCCUGGCGUCGGUGCGCGCCAUGAUGCUGCAGUACGCACAGGAGAUCCAGCGCUGCAUCCCGCCCGACGACCCUUCGGCAACCCAGACGCGCAACAUCGUGCUGCGCAUCAAGGCCAUGUCGCGCGCGGGCGCAUCGUCGUCGGCAGGCGGUGGCGACAGCGGCGACGCGCAGGAGGAAGAGGAGGUUAACGGCCGCCAUCAGGGGACUGGCUUCAUAUCGCCGCUGAGCCUCACCAUGGGAAUGGUUCUGGCCGCGUUGGGCUGGCAGUACUGGGCCACGGUGCAGGGGGUCGCUGCCAAGUACCUGCAGGGCCUGUGAUGAUGACAACGAUUGCCCCCUCCGUCUUUGAACUGGUGGACCUCCUCGAUGCGCCCAGCCAAUCUGUAAAUAUAUAUCCCAAGCGCCCUGCCCGUACCAUUGCUGUGACCACUGGUGAUUCACGUUGCGUUUUUGAGAAAUGCCCCUUCUCCCCCUUCCGAGAAUUUGUUCCAAAUGAAAAAGGUUGUCGUGAUGGAAGCGGGGUGGCCUCCCUACGUCCGUGUAGGAAGGCGCGCACGCAUGGCGGCUGAUGGGGUUGUGCUUCUGCGCAGGGUUGUGGUUGUUGAUAUCCCUCUCGCAACCCCAUGUUGGAAAAACCCUGGCUUUGCUUCUCGGUGUCGUGCACGUGUCGCGUCUUAACAGGGAGGCGAGCGGCAAUGGGAUUAGAAGUGCCGCAAUAUUUGUAGAAAGUGAUGCGUUUGCUGGUGGGGAGGAAGUAGUUCUCUUGGCUGCCAGUUAGUGGCAGUUGAAUUGCGCGGAAGUGGACGAAUAAAUACGUAAGAUCCGUGCAGACUUUUAACUGAUUGAGGGUGCUUCGCUGUCGUGUUAGUUUAAGAAACGUUUUAAAUGUUUACAGACGACAUGAGAAAAAUUGGCAAACCACGUGGUUUCCAGUUGACCGCACAAAUGACUUGGCCAGCUCAAGCCAGUCCGCGUCGUGUUCAUUCUGAAGUGGUGUCGUGUUUGUCUCUUUGCGUUUGUUGCUUAAUCUCGGGCGCUGUGGCUCGCUUGACCCCCUCUCCCUGUUGAGGCUUUGUACCAUAUCUGGAGCGCAACGACGGGGCUAGUCGCGUGUAAAUUAACGACAGUAGAAAUUAUAAACAACUAAAUAUUUCUACGCUGUGCUUUUGCAGGUGGUAACUUCUAUUAAAAAAAAGUUGACUAUAAAACUGCAAGCUCUCCCCAUGGGGGUCGGUCGUUACUUUAAAAUGGGGCGAGCAAUCUCUGAUUUUAACGCGACGAUUUGAACGAAAUAAAGUAUGACGAUUAUGACAAUAAAGAAUAUUUUUGGUA